AUGAGGGGCACGCCGGUCUUUGGGUUUCCGCUUUGGCCGAAAAUCCAUCAGCCGUUGCCUCGGACCCCCCGCCAAUCUCAACAGUUGCUUGACGCCCUUACAUCCUCCUUCCGUCGCCAGUUGGACCAAGAACACCCGUCUCCCAGCCCACCGUCAGAGCAUCAUGGCAAUGGUAAUCCUCCGGCAGAAAACCCGCACUCGUCGGUGCAUGCGACUACCAAGCAUCUGCAGAAUAUCCUGGACAACCCCCUCUUCCGCGUUGUUCCCUCCAAAUCUCUCGACGGUCGUGUCCUCGAUAAGCAAAGAUUGGCAACGGAACCAAUGCUGUUAUUCGAUGAUAUGGCCGCGUCCGGCUCGGUCACCUCGGAGAUUCUUCAGUGCUGCCUGGGCUCGCAGCUUAUACUUGCAAGCAAACAACCUGGAAAAGAUUUCACCGAAGCCAUGAAAGAGUCGCGAGCCGGGUCUAGAGUCGUGAACUGGUGGUUUGCGUCCGACUCCCACGAGAGGAUGAUGCUCUUUAAAUCGAUAAAGACGACGCGGAUGGUGAUAAAGCUAAUGGUGGCCGAAGGACUACAAAAAACCAUCCUAGUCUGGCUUGAUUUGGUGGAAAAGCAAGACAUUGGAGGCCAGAACGGCCGAAUCCCGAAGCACAUUGUUCCAUCGCUUUAUGCGGGAAUUUUGAACAAUCUCGUUUCCGCGGAGUUGAAGCAUGGCGCAGGAUUUCCCAGUGCAUUACAACAUUAUUUACAAGCAAGCAAGCGUCUACUUGCAAAUGACAAGAUCCCCCUAUGGUUUCGCCGACAAGCGCUUCAGCCGGCGGCCGCAUUUUUGAACGGGACCAUGAGGGCUGAACCCCAAGAGGCCCCUGUUGUUGCAUUCGAAGAGUUCGUUAAUGAUGUCGCCACGAUGUGGCCCUCCUCCAGCAUGGCUGUUUCGCUGCCCCUUCUUCAUCCUACAGAGCCAAAUCCCAACCCAUUUCUUGACUACGUGAAGAAAGUUUCUCCUGGUCGAUUUGAGUCGUGGGAUGAACAGGAGCAAGCAAAGUUCAUGAAGAAUGGGUUUGAUGCGCUUCGGGUCUUGAUGGACCAGGACCGGUCUCAAGACGCCUCUGACCUGGCACAGUUCAUGCAACAGUCGCUGCCUGCUCUUAGAGGCAAGACAACGACGAGGGAAACCUUCAAGUCGGCUCAAGAGCAUUUCCUCGCUCGCGUGAACCUUUCGCUCACGUGA